AAAAACAUCACAGCUGUUUACUUUACCGGUUACAACAAAAUUAAACUCAAUAAUGAAAUUCUAUUCAUCAAUCUCAGUGUUUUUGAUGCUUACAGCAUUCCAGUUGAUCGACUGCAAUGAGAAGCCUGACGGGAAGCUCAAGAUUGGCAUCAAAAAGAGGGUCGAGAACUGCGAACAAAAAAGCAGAAAAGGUGACUUACUGCAUGUCAAUUACACAGGAUCUUUGACAGAUGGAACUGUUUUUGACAGCAGUGAAGGCAGAAACCCGUUGACUUUUUCACUCGGAAGUGGUCAAGUGAUUGUUGGAUGGGAAAGAGGACUUCUCGGAAUGUGCGUCGGUGAGAUCCGUAAACUUCAGAUUCCUCCAGAACUUGGCUAUGGAAAUGCAGCGAUGGGAAAGAUUCCGAAAAAUUCAGUUCUAAUUUUUGAAGUUGAAUUGGUGAAAAUUGAGAAGAAAAAAGAAGAUUUGUAG